AUGUGCCAUUACGAGCGGAUUGGGCAUCAGUUCCAAUCACACGACUACCCUCAAGCCCCGGGUUCCUACAUCGGUGGCGGCGCUCAGAAUGGCGGCGGAAUGUCGACCCUCCAGAGCCUCGGUCUCAUGUCCUCGCAAGGCGCCAACGGCCCUCUCAGCCCAGGCCCUGAUGGCAACGGUCCACGCGACAACGCCGGAGCUUUCUCCCAGCAGCUUCCACCCAUGGCUUAG